AUGACGAGACCGCGUCGCUCCAGCGCCGCCAGCGAGGAGAGCGAUGGCACCGCCGGCCAGCAGGAGUUGGGGAGCAUGUACGACUAUCUCGCCAAGAUUAUCCUGCUGGGACCGAGCGGCACUGGAAAAUCCUGUCUGUUACACCGCUUCGUCAAGAAUGAGUGGCGCGUCUUAUCGUCCCAGACCAUCGGUGUCGAGUUCGCGAGCAAGAUCAUCAAAGUCGGCACCGGAAAUCGGCGGAAACGGAUCAAGUUGCAGCUCUGGGACACUGCCGGCACUGAGCGCUUCCGCUCCGUCUCGCGAUCCUAUUACCGAGGCGCUGCCGGCGCCAUCUUCGUUUACGACGUCACAUCCCAUACCAGCUUCCGCAACCUGCAACCAUUCCUUAACGAUGCCCGCGCCUUGGCAUCGCCGAACCUCUCCUGCCUCCUCGUCGGAAACAAACUCGACCUCGCCUCCGAUCCCCUCAUCGAUACGAGCCUCCCCCCGCCAACGCCGAGCAGCGUCGGCUCCAUGUCCUACUUCACAAACGGCUCGGCCGGCACCAGCUUGCCGUCACUCGGCACGCAACAAAAGGCGACGGAGGCCCCCGAGGGCCGCGAGGUCAGCAACUCGGAUGCGAACCAGUGGGCGAGCAAAGUGGGGAUACCCGUGGUGAUGGAGGCGAGCGCCUUCAACGGCGAGAACGUGGACGAGAUCUUUGCGAAGCUUGCGCGGACGAUCCUCACCAAGAUCGAGCUGGGCGAAAUCGACCCGGACGACCCGAUGAGCGGCAUCCAGUACGGCGACGGUUACGGCGGAGGCUGGGGCGCGGGCGCCAGCGACGGCGCGAGCAUUAAGAGUUCGAUGACCGGCGCGACGCUCGACGAAGCGGGCUCUGUCCGGAGACGGAGGGGUCGACGGAACACAAGAAGCGGCGCAAACUGGGGCCUGCGCGACUGGGAAGAAGUAUUCACGUUAUCCAAUAGACGAAGGGGAAGGAACUGCUGUUAA